GGCAACAGAAAUACAGCAGGACCAAGCUGUGCCUUCUACACUAAUUCCCUGUCGAUACAAACUAGGCGGCUCCCUCCUUUCUCUUUUGUUCCCUUUGCCUUCGAGCCUUCCGCCAAAAAUCCACUGGCCGAUUUCUCCAAUCAAACCUCUCCCCAUCCUUAAAACCCUUCAGCUCGUAGCUGUUUCCCCUUGUCUCGCAUUCCCCUUUCUUUUUCAUAUCCCCAUUUGGAAGCUUCUCCCGUUCUCCGACGUCACAUGGCGCAAGUGGUGGCUACCAAAUCGAUUCACGGCUCGCUGCUGAGCCCUGGCUCUACUGGGUCGCUGCAGGAGCGAGCAGAGAGGCUGAAAGCUUCGAGCUUUGCCACCUCCAAAGCGUUCGGGCUCGAGAAUGAGAAGAAGAGGAGCAGCAAGAAGGGCAAUGGAGUUGCUCGUAGAAGCAGACCAAUGGCAGCUGUCACGAGAUCCGUCCGUUUGGAGCCUGAAGUGGUUCCGGUCUCGCCCGAAGAUGCUCCAAAGAGGGCAGAGAGGUUUAUGGAGUUGCAGCAGUUUGGGGAUACUUCAGCGGGAGUGUGGCCGAAGCCUGCAGUGAAACGGAAGACGAAGAUUGUUUGCACCAUUGGCCCAUCGACGAAUACGAGGGAGAUGAUCUGGAAGCUGGCCGAAGCUGGAAUGAAUGUGGCUAGAAUGAACAUGUCUCAUGGGGAUCAUGCUUCCCAUCAGAAAGUGAUUGACUUGGUCAAGGAGUAUAAUGCCCAAUCCAAAGACAAUGUCAUUGCCAUUAUGAUUGAUACUAAGGGCCCUGAGGUUAGGAGUGGCGACUUGCCUCAACCGAUCAUGUUGGCGAAUGGCCAGGAAUUCACUUUCACAAUUCGUCGAGGAGUUGGAACAGCUGAUUGUGUUAGUGUGAACUAUGAUGAUUUUGUGAAUGAUGUAGAAGUCAAUGACAUGAUUCUUGUUGAUGGUGGCAUGAUGUCUCUGCUUGUGAAGUCGAAGACUGAAGAUUCAGUGAAGUGUGAAGUUGUUGAUGGGGGUGAACUGAAAUCUAGACGUCAUCUUAAUGUUCGAGGAAAAAGUGCAACAUUGCCUUCCAUCACUGACAAGGAUUGGGAUGACAUAAAGUUUGGAGUGGACAACAAAGUAGAUUUCUAUGCUGUUUCAUUUGUCAAAGAUGCACAAGUUGUUCAUGAGUUGAAGAAUUAUCUCAAGAGCUGUGGUGCAGAUAUACACGUGAUUGUAAAGAUUGAAAGUGCAGAUUCUAUACCCAAUUUGCACUCUAUAAUCACAGCAUCAGAUGGGGCAAUGGUUGCAAGAGGAGAUCUUGGAGCAGAACUCCCAAUUGAAGAAGUUCCACUUCUGCAGGAAGAGAUCAUCCGAUUGUGCCGAAGCAUGGGGAAAGCUGUUAUUGUGGCUACCAAUAUGUUGGAAAGUAUGAUUGUACAUCCUACUCCAACCAGAGCAGAGGUAUCAGAUAUUGCAAUUGCUGUUCGAGAGGGUGCAGAUGCAGUCAUGCUUUCUGGAGAAACUGCUCACGGAAAAUUCCCAUUGAAGGCUGUAAAGGUUAUGCACACAGUCUCAUUACGGACUGAAGCAACUUUGUCUCGCGGGCCAAUGCCAGUUGAUCUUGGCCAAGCUUUUAAGAAUCACAUGAGUGAGAUGUUUGCAUACCAUGCAACCAUGAUGUCAAACACUCUUGGGACAUCAAUCGUUGUCUUCACCAGGAGCGGCUUCAUGGCUGUUCUACUUAGCCAUUAUCGACCUUCAGGGACAAUCUUUGCUUUCACUAAUGAGAAAAGGAUACAACAGAGGUUGGCAGCCUAUCAAGGAGUAUGUCCCAUUUACCUUGAAUUCUCCGAUGAUGCUGAAGAAACCUUUGCCGAUGCCUUGAAACUACUAAAGGAUCAAGGAAUGGUCAAGGAAGGAGAAGAGGUUGCUCUGGUUCAAAGUGGCAAGCAACCCAUCUGGCGAUUCCAGUCGACUCAUAAUAUCCAGGUCCGCGAAGUAUAGUAUACACAACAAGGAUAACAAUCAUCAAAAUCAUUUUCUCACUCAUGUGCAAUUUUAGAUGAAUCUGUAGCUUUGUUUUCACUGAAUUCUGUUUUGAUUUGUAUCAAGCAUUUUGUAGCAUGUAUUUGAAGAAACUAGUGUCUGUUCAAAUCAAAAGCAUAAUGUACCCAUGUUUGCUUUAUUAUUCCUUGUUUUACAAGGAUUCCCAAUGUGGAAAGUUUUCUCAUUUCUCAUACACUUUUCUGAAUGGAUGAAGUAUACCCAUUCUGGUGAUCCCAAUACAUAGACCAAAGCACAACCCCUCCAUUCUUGGGUGACUUCUUGAUCAGUGGAAGAAUCUGAGAUGUCAGCACAUCCUGCGGAACAUACCACUGGCAGCCGUUGGAAGCCGGGUUUCAGUGGCCUGUCAGGUUAAGCUCGGGGGUCUUACCGAUGCCAAACUUGUUGAGGAAGGCAAUGUUGACAUGCGUAUUUGCCAGUGGCACACGUCUCCGGGAGAGCUCCUUCGUUGCCAUUCUGGAGCGGGAAAUACAAAAUGGUCAGAGAAGGCCUUUUGGGCGCCAGAGACAAUGGCGGGAAAUACGAUCCGCAGCUUUCAUGAACAGAUUUCCCUUUACCUCUCGGAAAACGGAAAGACCACUUUUCUCAUGGUAACCGGUAGAGGUGGGAAUUAGAAUUCAAAUCCAUGAAUUCAAUCCAUCCAUCAAAUUAUCCACCUAAUCCAAUCCAUUUAAAUCGGUAGAGGUGUUCAAGAUGGACUGGAAGAUGAUGAAAUGGAGAAGGGUGGAAGACUUGGGUGAUCGAGCUUUCUUCUGGAGCGACUCGGCAUGUUAUCCGGGUUGUUGUACUGGCAAAUUGGGAUUGAAGAACAACGCCAUUUAUUUUUUAGAAAGGAGAGCAGGGACGGAGUUAUAUACAUUUGACUAUCGAGAUCGUACUAUUUCCGUGUCGUCUUUGCUUUGCCCUAGCGUUGAUGUUGAUUACCUAGAGCCCGAGGUUUUUGUGUGGUACAAGUAGCCAGCGAGGUUUUUGUCUAUUAACGAGUCAAGCUUGAGCUAAGUUUUGUUCGGCUCGUGAGCCACUUCGGCUAGGUGACUUAUUGAGCUCAAUAGGAACUCUCAUGUUGUGAGCUCAUAAGAUGCCUCAACAUUGUGAUUAGUCAGCCAACUCCACUACCAGCUUAAUUAUGAGAAAAUCAAUCUAUUUCUUAUGAGUUGGCUUGUCAUUCAUUCAUAGGUUUAUUAAAUUCUAUGUUUCACA